AUGGGAGUUGUGUUUAUUUCAAGUUCAGCUGCAAGAUCUCCACUCGGUUUAAGCAGCGAUCUUUUAACACAUCGGUCUUCUUCGCUUAAAAAACCAUUCAUUGUUGCUUUCAAAAUUGAUGAUUCCAGCAAUUCAGCUUUGAUCAUUCCUCGUGAACAAGUUUUGAUUCCCGCGGAACAACGAAAGGAGAAGAGAGUAGUAACGAGGAGAAAACCCUGUAAAAUCCCGAAGAAGCCGGAUACUUUAGAUCAUAACUCGGCUCCUUCGUGUUCGUUAGGAGUGGACUACAACGAAGCUGCUGCUAGACUAGAGAGCAUAUACAAGCUUAGUCCUGCAACAUCGGUCGAAGAAGAUGAAGAUUGCUCGAAAGUGAAGGUUUCACCGAGGAGAAAGAGGAAAGAAAAUGGUGAGGAGAAAGUAGUUGUAAGGAAUAAUUCGAAGAAGGAAAAGCGUAUGAGUCUUGAGAAAAGGAUUGCUUUGAAGAGAAAUACUCAAGAGAAACCGGUUAUUGCUUCUUCGCCGAAGAAAGUACCUAAGAGGCAGCAAGAGGAAGAGAAGAUCGAGAGGCUCGUGAGGGAUUAUUCAGCUUCUAAUGAUGUAGUCAGCUUGGACUGGAAAAAGAUGAAGAUACCUCCCGUUCUUUCGUCAACUGAACAUUCUUGGUUGUUUAAGUUGAUGCAACCUAUGAAGGCUCUUCUUGAAGUGAAAGGUGAAUUGCAAAAGAGCCUUGGAAGAGAACCGAGGGAAGCUGAGAUAGCUGAGGAGAUCGAUAUGAGCGCGGCUGAAGUGAAAAGGAAAAUCGAAAUUGGUAAAGCUGCAAGAAACAAACUUAUUAAGCACAAUCUCCGCCUUGUAUUGUUUGUUAUGAACAAAUAUUUUCAAGAUUUAACCAACAGACCGAAAUUCCAAGACCUUUGUCAAGCCGGUAUGAGAGGGCUUAUCACAGCUAUUGACCGUUUCGAGCCGAAAAGAAAGCUCCGUCUCUCAACUUAUGGUUUGUUUUGGAUUAGACAUGCCAUCAUACGGUCUAUGACAACCUCAAACUUUACUCGUGUCCCAUUUGGACUUGAAUCGGUGAGAGUGGAGAUCUAUAAAGCAAAGAUGGAGCUAUUGUUUGAGCUGGGAAGACUCCCGACAGAGGACGAGGUAAUUGAGAGACUCAAGAUAUCACCUGAGAGAUACCGUGAAGUGUUGAGGGCCGCAAAACCGGUUUUCUCACUAAAUUCAAAACAUGCGGUUACUCAAGAAGAAUUCAUCAACGGAAUCACAGAUGUUGAUGGUGUAGGAGCUGAUAACCGAAGACAACCUGCUCUUCUCAGGCUCGCUCUUGAUGACGUGCUCGAUUCAUUGAAGCCGAAAGAGAGUCUGGUUAUUCGGCAGAGGUACGGUCUUGAUGGGAAAGGAGACAGGACUCUGGGAGAGAUAGCUGGAAAUCUCAACAUCUCCAGAGAAAUGGUGAGGAAACAUGAAGUCAAGGCCUUGAUGAAGCUCAAACAUCAGGCCAGAGUUGAUUACCUCCGUCGCUACAUUGUCUGA